GGCGCGAGCAUCCUCCCGCCGCACCGCACAGUACCUCGCCGCGCCAGCCGAGGGCCGCGCCCACGCCCUCCCGGCUGCCCGGCGCGCACCCGCGUGUCCCCGGCCUGAACCGGAACCGCUUGCGGAGGCCGCCGCUGCCUUGGGGCACCCGGUGCCGACAGCGAAGCGCGGGGGGGAGGCGGCCUGCGCGGCGCCGCCCGCCAUGGCCGCGGCGGGGUGAGCUCCGCACGGCGGCCGCAGUCGCCCGGAACCGAGCGCUCCUCCGCCCCGGACAGGCCCGCCGGGCUCGGGCGGGCGCGCACGGAGCCCGAGGGGAGCUGGUGCCGCCGCCCGCUCGUCGCCACCGCCGCCCGCUCGUCGCCGCCGCCCAUGGCGAGGCCCCGCCGCCGCCGCCGCUGCCGCUGCCGCUGCUGACCCGGCGGCCGGCCGCGGCUUCCGCCCCCUCCCGCGGCGGCGGCGGGCGGGCCUCCCUCCACGCCCCCGCGCCCCGCACCGGGGACUGGGAAGAAGGCUAGAGCAGCAGGAAUCGGGGGGCAGCCGAAGAUGGGGAACACUACCUCGUGCUGCGUGUCGUCCAGCCCCAAGCUCCGGAGGAAUGCCCACUCCCGGCUGGAGUCCUAUCGGCCCGACACGGACCUGAGUCGUGAGGACACGGGCUGCAACCUGCAGCACAUCAGCGACCGGGAGAACAUCGACGAUUUGAACAUGGAAUUCAAUCCUUCAGAUCAUCCUCGGGCCAGCACAAUAUUCCUCAGUAAAUCUCAGACAGACGUGAGAGAAAAACGCAAGAGUCUCUUCAUUAACCAUCAUCCUCCUGGACAAAUAGCAAGGAAAUACAGCUCCUGCUCCACUAUUUUCCUAGAUGAUAGCACAGUCAGUCAACCAAACCUCAAGUAUACAAUUAAAUGUGUAGCUCUUGCAAUAUAUUACCACAUCAAAAACAGGGACCCAGAUGGAAGGAUGCUCUUAGAUAUUUUUGAUGAAAACCUUCAUCCUCUUUCGAAAUCCGAAGUGCCACCAGAUUAUGACAAACACAACCCAGAGCAGAAGCAGAUCUACCGGUUUGUUCGAACACUGUUUAGUGCUGCUCAGCUGACGGCUGAAUGUGCCAUUGUCACCCUGGUAUACCUUGAAAGACUUUUAACGUAUGCAGAAAUAGAUAUCUGUCCAGCCAACUGGAAGCGAAUCGUUCUAGGUGCAAUCCUGCUGGCCUCCAAGGUGUGGGAUGAUCAGGCCGUGUGGAAUGUUGAUUACUGCCAGAUCCUGAAAGACAUCACAGUGGAGGACAUGAAUGAGCUAGAGCGACAGUUUCUUGAAUUGCUCCAGUUCAACAUCAACGUCCCUUCCAGUGUAUAUGCCAAGUAUUAUUUUGAUCUUCGUUCUUUGGCAGAAGCAAAUAACCUGAGCUUUCCUUUGGAGCCGCUGAGCAGGGAAAGGGCCCACAAGCUUGAGGCCAUUUCUCGCCUCUGUGAGGACAAGUACAAGGACCUAAGAAGAUCCACGAGGAAGCGGUCAGCAAGUGCUGACAAUCUGACUCUGCCGAGGUGGUCCCCAGCCAUCAUCUCCUAACCAUGGAUGUCUCCACUGGAGGCCAUACCAUCCCUCAGUUUCUCCUUUAGUUUGAGAAAAGACAAACUUGGGGUGGUUUUGUUUUUGUUUUUCCCUUUCCUUUUCUUUUUUAACUCAUAGCUCCAUCAGGCUGCCUUCACGACCUCCUCCACGCUGUGUGAACUGCACGCAGCAAGGCUUUGAGGAAGCAAGAUCAGUAUUGUGGAAAUCCUCUUUCACGCCUUUCCCCAUCAUCAACAGCACUUCCUUCAUGGAGGAAACAGACUCUAAUCCUGGAGGUGGAAAUAAAGGGAAAGGGAAGUCGUAUAGAGGCAGGGAAACUGGUUGAAUGGCUUGGCCAUUUCUUAAGUCCCCCAUCUGGUCAGUAGAUGAAUAUGACAAAACACACAGUAGGUAGCAGACUUGGAUGUGCAUUAAAGACAGGAGUGCCACAUUUAUCACCCCCAUUUGGAUCAGUAUGUGUUCUGUAAGACUUCUUGCAUUCCUUCUUGCUGCUUUUUUGGGAUUUGGGGGAUUUUCGUUUGUUCGUUUUUAUUCUGUUUUCAUUUUGGUCCCACAGAGCAGAGAAUAUAGUUUGUACCCACCAUGGCACAGACAUCCAAAUAAAUAGUACUGGUUGUUUCUCUCUGCACUA